AUGCCUUCCUCUGAUCCCGUCGAGAACUUCAAGCGGAUUGGCGUCGUUGGGGCAGGAAGUAUGGGCUCAAUGAUGACCUUUGCUUUCUCUGAAAUGGGACUCGACGUCUCCUUAUGGGAUGUGGACAAGAAAAAUGUUGAUAAGGUAACCAACUGGGCCCGAAGUGCUCAAGAUGUCAAAGGAAAGAUCGAGGGGUUCUACCAAAUUGAGGAAUUUACCAAGAGUUUGGGAAAGUCCGGGGUUCGAAAAUUGUUUAUAUUUUCCAUCACUCACGGCGGUCCGGCAGAUAGCGUUCUGAAGCUGAUCAAGCCUGAUCUGGAGCGGGGCGAUAUCAUCCUGGACGGCGGCAAUGAGAAUUACCGCCGGACUGAGCGACGGCAGAGGGAGUGCGAGAGCAUCGGCGUCCACUGGAUUGGCAUGGGCGUGUCUGGUGGCUAUCAAUCUGCCCGCCGGGGGCCAAGUCUUUCACCCGGUGGUGAUGCGGAGGCUCUCAAGCUGGUGAUGCCAUUCUUGGAGAGAUACGCGGCCAAGGAUCCCGAGACUGGCACUCCCUGCGUGACCCGCAUCGGACCUGGUGGAUCCGGUCAUUUUGUGAAGAUGGUCCAUAAUGGCAUUGAAGGCGGCAUGAUGUCCGCUCUUGCGGAAGCCUGGUCUUACAUGCAUUGUGGCUUGGGGAUGGGAUAUGACCAGAUCGGGGAUGUCUUUGCGGCAUGGGGCAAUUCUGGCGAGCUACGAGGGAACUUUUUGAUCAACAUCGGUGCUGAUCUCCUCCGAAAGAAGAAAACACCCCAGGGAGAUGGGAAAGGAGAAGGGGUUGGAGACGGCGGCUACGUUCUGGAUGAUGUUCUCGAUAAAGUAGUUCAGGACGACGAUGGUACAGAGGGCACGCCGUUCUGGUCUCUCAUGGAGUCUGCAGCCCGACACGUUUCAUGCCCAACGCUGGCUGCAGCCCAUUACCUGCGCAUUGCCAGCGGGAAUCGACAAGAACGGCCGCUUCAAAACACCGGCGAUACCAAGGUUAUCUUGGAGAAGUUGCGUCGAGCGGUGUACAGCGCUUUCUUGUCUUCUUUCUGUCAGGGACUAGAGCUCAUCGCCCGCGCCUCCGAGGAUGAAGGCUGGAAUAUAAAUCUGGCCGACUGUAUUCGGAUUUGGCGAGCUGGCUGUAUCAUCAAAUCUGACUAUAUAGCCGAUAUGUUGCAACCGCCGCUCUCGAAGCACAAGGUGACAAACAUGAAGUUCAUUGACAGCGUCUCGCGUGAGCUGCACAACAACUUUGAUGCCCUAAAGGACAUCGUGAUUCAAGGCACCCAGUCUGACCAGUAUCUGCCCGCAAUCUCUGCCACGCUAGAUUAUUUGAAGUAUGAGGGAGGGCUGACUUUACCGACCAAGUUCAUGGAAGCUCAAAUGGACUAUUUCGGCGCCCAUUCCUACAAUAAGCCGGGUAUUGAGGGCGAGGAUCCUGGGCCCGUGAGGAAAGGGCCACAUCACUAUGAGUGGAAAGUGGCUUGA